ACCUGCACCAGCCGAAUCCCCCACCCCGGCUGGGGCGCGCGAUGGGCAGAGGCCCAGCACCUGGCCGGGGCUCUGCGCGACCCGGGGGCUCGACCCGCGACCCCCGGGCCUGCACCGGGCGCGCGGGCCCGGGCCUCCCUGAGCCCGCCGCGCUCGCCGCGCGCAACUGGAUGGGGGCUCUGGGCGCUGGUGCGGGGCCGGGUGACCGCAGCAGGGUCUCUGGGGACCCUGCGACCACAGCUCGGGUCCGCGCCCCCCGCGCGCCCCCUGGCGGCCCUGCGCCGACUCCUCCGCCGGGCAUGCGGGCCCAAGUCCCGGAGCCCGCGGGCAGCGACCUAGGGCAAGGAGACCCCGGGCGGGGGUGGAGAGUGCGCCAGAUUGCUUUGCUCCGCAGAUGGAUGGGACUGACCCUCCUGAGCUGGCUGUGCUGCUGCCACCCUCACAGACUCCUGACGUCCACCAUGCGAAGAACAGAUGCCAGAUAUAGCCGUUCAGUGCCGGAAUGCGAGACACGCAGAGCGGAGCCGACCUGAAGCUCCUCUGCCCCACAGCCCAGAGCCUGGCCCAGCGGAGCCGCGUGGAGCCGUGGGCAACCUGCAGUCCCAUAAAUAGGAAACACAUGCCCCGGGGCGGAAAGCCACUACGAUUUCGGGGUUGUCUGUGACCGCAGCAGAAGCUGACUAAUACACUCAGAAUGUGAACAGGCCUUGAGCCCUGGCCUCAUGCCAGACUUAUAUUCAACUUCAGCAUUAAGUAACGUAUAUCUGUUAAUGCAGAACGAUGUUGCCAAGAUGUUGUAGAUUGAAAAGCGGCUAGUUUGAAAAUACGGUUGCUACUGUGUAUUUAUUCGUCACUUCACGUGCACACAUACGUGUGUAAAUACAUAAAAAGUCAGCUGUGAAAAUACAUACUAGAAAAUUAACGAUAUUUGCCUCAAUAUUGGGAAUUAUAGGUGAUUCUUCACAAAUCAUGUUUUGCAUUCUUUCUAAAUUGUAAAAUUAUUAUACAGAUGGUAAAAAAAAAAAAAAAAAAAAACAACCAAACAUUCUAAGAGGGAUAUCCAAUGAAAAAAAGUAAGCCAUUCUCCUUCUCUGACCCCUGGGCUCACUUAUCAGAGAGAACACUUUCUUGGUGUCGUUCUAGAAGUGUUCCCCCAUAGCCAUAUUUUCAAAUGACUCUGAUUCACCAAUUAGCCAAAAAACUAAAGUUUA